AUGGCUCCUACCACGCCCGCUCCCUUCUCCGAACCUCUCCUCCCGCAACUCGACCUCCCCGCCAAUCCCUACUAUACUGAGAAGCACCACCGACUCAGGGCAUUUGUACGUAACUACGUAGACACGGAGCUGGCACCGUACGCGCAAGAGUGGGAGGUAGCCGGGCAGGUUCCGGGAGACGUCCGUCUACGAUACUGUCAACUGGGGUUCUCCGUCGUCCAUCCUGUGGUAGAUGCCGCAGACGCCGGCGGAAUCCAGCUUCCUGGCGGAAUCGCCUACGAUGAAUGGGACACGUGGUGUGGAGUCAUUGUCGGCGACGAGUUCAGCCGUCUCGGAUGGUGUGGGCCAGUAUGGGGCCUCAACGGCGGCAACGCGAUCGGAUGUCCUCCGAUCAGCCGGUUCGGGACGAAAGAGCAGAGGCAGAGAUGGCUCCCUAAGGUGGCGAGAGGAGAGCUGAGGUUUUGCCUGGGCAUCACGGAGCCAGAUGGGGGCAGCGAUGUCGCCAACAUCAAGACCACUGCGGAGCGCAGAGGCGACAGGUACAUCGUCAACGGCUCGAAGAAAUGGAUCACCAAUGGCAUCUGGUGUGACUAUUGCACGGCGGCCGUACGCACAGGAGGGAAAGGCCACGGCGGCAUCAGUUUGUUGGUGGUGCCGUUGAAAGCGAAGGGCGUCACGACCAGGAGAAUGGAGAACCAAGGCGUCCAUGCGAGCGGCUCGACAUUCAUUAGCUUCGAGGACGUGCAAGUCCCCCUUUCCAACCUGAUCGGCCGCGAAAACUACGGCUUCCAGCUCAUCAUGUCCAACUUCAACCCGGAACGACUAGCUCUAGCCACGGCCGCUCUGCGCCUAGCUCGGGUCUGCGCACAAGAUGCCUACACGUACGCAUGCGACCGCGAGACAUUCGGCAAGCCGCUGAUCGAACACGCCGCGAUCAAGACCAAGAUCGCCACCUUUGGCCUUUUGAUCGAGCCCGCCCACGCCUUUCUCGAGCAGCUGUGUUACAUCAUCGAGACGGCGCGCGUGGCCGGCCCCGGCCCCGGCACCGGCAAGGAGAGGGACGUCAACGUCAACGUCAACGUCGGCGGCAUGACGGCCCUGCUCAAGGUCAUGAGCACCCGCUGUCUCGAACGCGUGUGUCGCGACGCCCAGCAGAUCAUGGGCGGCGCCGCAUAUGCCAGGACCGGCCGCGGCGCGCGCAUCGAGCAGAUCAGUCGGGACGUCAGGGUCCAUGUCGUCGGCGGCGGGAGCGAGGAGAUCAUGCUUGAUCUUGCCGUCCGACAGGAGGCGAGGGACGUCGGGCUGCGGGCGGCGAAACGUGCUUCGUCCUCUAAGUUGUGA